AUGGCAGCAGCAGUCCUUAGAGAUUUUAAUCUAAAAGUUAGUUUUGGACAGUGUAGAAAUGCCAAAAAAAUUGCAAUGGAUGAGAUAGAAGGGAGCUUAGUGGCACACUAUGAAAAGCUUAGGAGUUAUGGUUUGGAGUUAUUGAGGACUAAUCCAGGUUCCACAGUGAAAUUGGAUGUGGAUAUCAUGCCUGAUUCUACAGUCCAUUUUUCUAAGAUGUAUAUUUGCUUGAAGGCUGUGAAGGAUGGUUGGAUUGAGGGGUGUAGAAGAGUGAUUGGUGUAGAUGGAUGUUUUUUACAGGGACUUUGUAGAGGUGAGGUAGUUUUAGCUGUUGGUAGGGAUGCUAAUAACCAAAUGUAUCCUCUAGCCUGGGCUGUUGUACCAGUUGAAAAUAAGGCAAAUUGGAAAUGGUUUUUGGAUCUAUUACUUGAAGACAUUGAUAUGGGACAAGGUAGAGGACUAACCAUCAUAUCUGACCAACACAAGGGACUGAUUGAAGCAGUUAAGGAAAGAGUGCCAGAAUGUGAGCAUAGACAAUGUGCCAGGCAUGUUUAUGCCAACUUCAAGAAAAAAUUCUCAGGAGCAGAAUACAGGAAACUUUUCUGGGAAGAUAGUGGUAGUGAUGCCAUUGAAAAUGGUGUAUCGGAGUCAUUUAAUGCAGCUAUUGUGGAAGCUAGAAAAAAACCAAUAAUAGCAAUGUUGGAAGACAUUAAAGUAUGGUUGAAUGAGGUGUAUGCAGUUGACUUACAUAAAAGAACAUGUGGAUGUAGAUCAUGGAAACUGACAGGUCAUAACAAGAGGAAAUGUCCUCUGAAACAGCUUAAUGCAGUAGAUGAUUCAGAUCUCUUUGAUUACCAUGAGCUAUUUGAGGGUGAGGGGCAGGGUCAAGGGCAAGGACAGGGAGAAGGACAGGGACAAGACCAUGAGGAAGCUGAGGAAGUUAGAGUUGAUUUAGAGGAUGAGGUUGGAGGUGAUUCAGGGAAAGAAGUUGAAGGAGAUUCAGAGGAUGAUUUAGAGAUGGAGGUUGAACAACUAGUUGAUGAAGAAGUGGUGAAUCAUCAUGUGGUUGCUCCAACUUUGAAAAGGAGAAAGUGCGGUCCUUCUCAGAGGAACAUAAAACUUCGGUUGAGGAGGAAGGUGGUGACCAAGGAUGAUACAGGGGGAAGUCUUGAAAAUCCUGUAACACUCUAG